AUGAGGCCUGAGAACCAGAGCAGCGUGUGUGAGUUCCUCCUCCUGGGGCUCCCCAUAAGGCCAGGGCACCAGGGUGUGUUCUUCGCCCUGUUCCUGGGCAUGUACCUGACCACGGUGCUGGGCAACCUGCUCAUCAUCCUGCUCAUCAGGCUGGACCCCCGCCUGCACACGCCCAUGUACUUCUUCCUCAGCCACUUGGCCUUCUCUGACAUUUCUUUGUCAUCUGUCACUGUCCCUAAGAUGCUAAUGGACAUGCACACACAGCAACAAUCCAUCCCCUAUGUGGGAUGCAUUUCUCAGUUGUAUUUUUUCUUAAUUUUUGUUACUCUUGACAAUUUUCUUCUUGCUAUGAUGGCAUAUGACAGGUAUGUGGCCAUCUGUCACCCUCUACACUAUAACACCAUCAUGAGGGAGGAGUUGUGUGUGCUGCUGGUGGCUGGUUCCUGGAUCAUCUCCUGUGGCUGUGCCCUCUUGCACACCAUCCUGAUGGUGCAACUCUCCUUCUGUGCCAGCAAUGUUAUCACCCACUUCUUCUGUGACCUCACUGUUCUCUUGAAGCUCAGCUGCUCAGACAUCUCCCUCAAUGAGCUGGUCAUUCUCACCGAGGGAGGAAUGAUUACAUCCUUGUCUUUGGCUAUUGUUCUGGGCUCAUAUAUCUGUAUAGGGACCAUCAUCCUGAAGGCUCCCUCCACCAAGAGAGUGUUGAAAGCUUUUUCUACCUGUGGCUCCCAUCUCCUUGUGGUAUCUUUAUUCUAUGGGACACUUGCUGUUGUUUACUUUUUGUCCUCGUCAUGGGAUUCCAAAAACAUAACUGCUUCGGUCAUGUAUACAGUAGUUACCCCCAUGCUGAACCCCUUCAUCUACAGUCUGAGGAACAGAGAUGUAAAGCAGGCAUUAGAAUAUUUGUCAACAGGGUUAAAAAAGUUAGUAUGUCAAUGA